ACAAGAUAAAUAUGGCCGUGGAUGUGUACAGUUGUGGAAGGAGGGAAGUACGAACGGCCCCUCCACCACCCCAAAUCUUCUGAGUAGUUGCGCGGAGGGGCGAGAGGCGCGAGCGCCAUUCUGACUCUAUGGGUCAUGAAGGGAACUGUGAGUCAGACGGUGGAGUAGUUGACGCGCGAGAAUGCGUUAUUAACCUUGAUUCGAGGUUCAAUGGCCGCUGACUCGGUUGAAAUUGCAUGGGAGUUGGGUUGACAAGCACGUGGAGAAUAUUUAUUUCUGGGUUUGGGGUUUAUUCGAGUGGCUUGGGAUAAUUAUGAUGGAGAAUUUCUUCAAAAUAGAGAAGAUUGGGGAGGGGACUUAUGGAGUUGUUUACAAAGCCAGGGACAAAGUCACGGGCAAACUCGUGGCGUUGAAGAGGAUUCGACUGGAGACAGAGGCUGAAGGAGUUCCAUCCACAGCAAUACGAGAGAUAUCACUCUUGAAACAAUUGACACAUCCCAACAUCGUACAGCUCUUUGACGUUGUCAACGGAGAGAAGGACCUCUACCUUGUCUUCGAGUACCUACAGCAGGAUCUUAAGAAGUUCCUGGACUGUGCUAAAACCUGUACUGUCAAUCAAGAGCACUGGAAUUCUCUUGUCAAGAGUUAUCUCCAUCAGCUGCUGGACGCAAUAUCCUUCUGCCAUCUCCAUUUAAUUCUCCACAGAGACCUGAAACCCCAGAAUUUGCUCAUUGACUCUGAGGGACACAUAAAACUCGCUGAUUUUGGACUUGCCAGGGCAUUUGGGGUGCCCAUGAGAAUGUACACACACGAGGUCGUGACUCUCUGGUACAGAGCACCUGAGAUCCUCCUCGGGACUAAACUGUAUUCUUAUGCUGUUGACAUCUGGAGUCUUGGGUGCAUCUUCGCGGAGAUGGCCACCAAGAGAGCAUUAUUCCCUGGAGACUCUGAGAUCGAUCAGCUCUUCAGGAUCUUUAGGACACUUGGCACUCCAGACGAGGAGAUAUGGCCAGGUGUCUCUCAACUUCCUGACUACAAAUCAAUGUUCCCACAGUGGGACCCCAGGAAUCUUGACGAAGUUGUCCCGAAUUUUGAUAAUGAUGCCAAAGACCUUUUCUCGAAACUUUUGACAUACGACCCGAGUGAGCGAAUAUCAGCGAUGAAAGCCCUCAGCCAUCCCUACUUCAAUAAUGUCAAGCUAGUGCCCCCCAUACUGCCAAAGAAAGACUGAAACCCCUUCGAUUCACCAGUUCGUUAAGUAUUCAGUUCCACAUCAGAACCAUUUACCUUCUCUAUCAGUUACGAUUACCAAUGUUAAGAUUAUUUUUAUACCAAAAGUUAGGAAUGCGAAAUAGUGAAAUUAUAUCUGUGAACCAAUCCUCGA